AUGCCGAGGAAGAGCAAGAACAAGAACAAGUUCAAGCCCCUCGACUUGUCGGCCGUCGGCGGCUACGAUGGCGGCUCCGACACUCGGUCGGACCGUGGUUCGCAGCACGGCGGUUCGCAGCAUGGGGGCUCUCAGCCUGAGGGCUCCCAGUCGGGCACACCUCGUCGCCCCACCCGUUCCCGAGCUGGCUCCGGCUCGUCGACCCACUCGAGGACUUCGCAGCAGUCCUCCCACGAGCAGACGCCUUCUCAGCCGUCUACUCACCAGCGGACGCCUUCUCAAUUGUCCACUCCCCGGCGGGUCCCUUCUGGUCCUUCUGGUGGGUACUUCCCGCCCGAUCCGGUUAUUGUUGUGCCCCACCCGGGCAUGCUCGGGGCCGUUGUGAGGCCACCUCAGGUUUAUCCUCCUGAGAUGACUUAUGACUCUCUGGAGGACCCUCGUCCCAUACCUGUUGAUCCUGCGCAAGUGGCCGCAGAUGAGAAGAAGGCCAAGACUCGACGUCUUGAUCUUCCACCCGAGGCGUAUGCAGAGAUCGGCAAGACUCCUCGAUUUGCCCCACGCCCGGGUCUCAACACUACUGGACAGGCAUGCCGUGUCCAAGUGAACUCGUUCCGUGUUGAGACUAUUACUCCUCACGUUGUGCACACUUACGACAUCCAAGUCUCGCCUCCUCCCACGAGCCUCGUCGUCUACAAGAAGCUGUGGAACUCGGAGCCUGUCCAGCAGACUUUGAGCAAGUACACCAACCUCUGGAUUCAUGACGGCAACCGGCUUGUCUGGUCCAGGAACAACGCCAAGGAUGGCAUCCGACUUCAUGUCGAUCUCGAUGCUGAGAGCGGCCAGGACCCUCGCACUUCCAAGGGCCUGAACAGGUUCCAAUUUACCUUGAAGCGCUCGGGACAUGUCGACCUCACCGUCUUGAAGGCCUACCUGGAGCGGAAGUGCGACUGGAGCGAGAAGGUUCUCGAGGCCAUGAACUUCCUCGACCAUGCUCUUCGCGACGACCCGAGCAAGCGUCUGGUGGCCAUUGGCCGCAACUACUACGACGAGACCUUCUGGCACAAGUCGUUGGACAAUUGUAUCGAGGCUGUGAAGGGCAUUUACGCCGCCUUCCGCCUGGGGAACAACCUGAGCGUCAAGGGCUGCACUGGCCUGGCAGUGAACGUCGACGUAACCAACACUGUCUUCUGGUCAGGCCAGGUCAUGGAGCAGGUGUUCCAGAACUUCUUGGGAAACCAAGACAAGAUGUACUACGGCAAGUCCAUGUUUGAGCUGUCGGACCUUCUCAUGGCGGUGAAGGAGCGCAACCCCAAGACCAAAGAGUGGGAGUUGCACAUGUCGCAGUGCUUCAGGGUUCUGCGCAAGAUGCACCGGCUCAAGUUCAACGUCCGUCACCGUGGCAAGAUGGAAGACAAGAAGCUGUAUACCAUCAAGCGCUUCGCUUUCGACCCUGAGCGCUUUGGCAGGGAGGGUGGACACGCCAAGAACUACACCUUCACGAUCAAGUCCACCGGAGAAGUGCGAUCGGUCUACGACCACUUCUUCAAGCAGUACAACAUCCGCCUCCAGUUUUGGCGACUGCCCCUCAUCGAGUCUACCCGGGGCGGAGCAUUCCCCAUUGAGGUUCUUGAGAUUCCGCGCUUCCAGCGGUACUCUUACAAGCUCGGCCCGGACCAAACGUCCAGCAUGAUCAAGUUUUCGGUGACUCGACCCAAAGAGCGACAAGCAGCCAUCAUGACCAACGUCAAUUCUCUUGGCUGGGACAAAGACCCGACCCUGGCCAACUUCGGCAUCCGCAUCUCGAAGAACAUGCCAGUCGUGAAUGCACGUGUCAUCGCGGCUCCCGAGAUCGAGUACAAGGGCUCGAGGGCCAAGCCCGGCACGUCGGGCCGCUGGGAUCUGAGAGGCAAGGUGUUCAUGAAGGCCAACGAGCGUCCACUGUGUGCAUGGGGCAUGGCAGUCGUUGAUAUGGAGGUUGAUGAAGCCUCCGCUCUGCGCUUCGCAGAUGCCUUUAUCAAGGCCUACAAGAGCCAUGGUGGCCGGGUCACAAACCCGAGGCCCUGCCUCCGGUACUCCGACUAUGGCGAUCCCAUGAAUGUGGUCUUCGACGGCAUCUAUGAGGCCACAUGCAAGCAGUUCAAGACCACUGUGCCUGACCUCAUCUUCUUCAUCUUGCCGGUCAAGGAGCAGUUUUCGUACGAGCGCCUGAAGAAGAACGCCGAGUGCCGGUAUGGCACCUUGACGCAGAUGGUGCUCCGUCAGCACGUUGUCAAGGCGUCUCCUCAAUACUGCUCCAACGUGGCCAUGAAGGUCAACUGCAAGCUCAAGGGCAUCAACUGCCGUACCGUUCCGCCCAAGGGCAUGAACACCUUCUUUGGAGCCCCGACCAUGGUCAUCGGUGCUGAUGUUUCGCACCCUUCCCCUGGUGCUGAUGAUCCGUCAUUCGCAGCAAUGACCGUGUCCAUGGAUAAGGAUGCAACCUUCUUCGCGGCCUCCUGCCAGACCAACGGCUUCCGCGAGGAGAUCAUUCGGCCUACCAACAUUGAGUCUAUGUUGACUCACGUCUUCCAGAAGUGGGUGAAAAUGUUUGGCACAGGCCCUCAACAGGUCUUCUACUUCCGUGAUGGUGUUUCUGAGGGCCAAUUCGAACAAGUCCUCUCAUACGAGACCCACCAGCUUCGAGAGAUGCUGCUCCGGGAGACUGGCGUCAAGCCAAAAGUCACCACCAUCGUGGCCACGAAGCGCCACCACAUCCGCUUUUUCCCGGAGCGCGGCGACCGGAACGGCAAUGCUCUGCCGGGAACUUUGGUUGAGACGGAGGUCACUCAUCCUUUCCAUUAUGACUUCUACCUCUGCUCGCACGUCGCCAUCCAGGGAACCGCCCGCCCUGUCCACUACCACGUUAUCGAGGAUGACGUGAAGAUGCCGGCUGAUCGUCUUCAGACCAUGAUUUAUCAGCAGUGCUACCAGUACCAGCGUUCUACUACGCCGGUGUCCCUGCACCCGGCAGUCUACUACGCCCAUCUUGCUGGAGCCCGUUGCCGUGCCCAUCAGGACAUCUCGAGCGACAUGAAGAACCCGUUCUACAUGGCGCCCAAGAGCUGGUUCGCAAAGCACGAUGAGACUAUGACCCCCAAGGUCGGUGACGACGCUCGCCCCAUCCUGCCUUUCGGCACUGAGAAGGCGGACCAGCGCAACGUGGAGUUCCUCAAGUACUCCAUGUGGUACAUCUAA